CGUACACAGAAUAUACAUACUUAACGUUCAACUUCCUUUCGGUGAAGGGAGUCCAUCGUGUUAGGAAAACUUCAUGGUGGAAGUAUUUAAUUUAGUGUUCUUGUAAAAUUGGAUUUUUAUUAAGAUGUCGUUGACAGCGACGCGCCCCUUGGUGAGUGUAUACAGUGACAAGAAUGAGUCCACUGGUACCACUGUUGCACUACCCGCUGUGUUCAAAGCACCCAUUCGACCAGAUGUGGUAAACUUUGUCCAUAUGAACAUCUCCAAAAACAGCAGACAACCUUAUGCUGUGAAUAAAGAUGCUGGUCAUCAGACUAGUGCCGAGUCAUGGGGAACUGGUCGUGCCGUGGCUCGUAUUCCCCGAGUCAGGGGUGGCGGUACUCACCGAUCGGGCCAGGGUGCCUUCGGUAACAUGUGCCGUGGUGGGAGAAUGUUUGCGCCAACCAAGACCUGGCGCCGUUGGCACCGGAAAGUGAAUGUGAACCAGAAGCGUUAUGCAAUGGUGUCUGCUAUUGCUGCUACUGGAGUGCCAGCUCUUGUUAUGUCCAAAGGACAUAUGGUGCAGGAAGUCCCUGAAAUUCCAUUGGUUGUCAGUGACAAAAUUCAGGAAUACAACAAAACCAAGCAGGCAUUCAUUUUCUUGCAUAGGAUCAAGGCUUGGAAUGACAUUCAGAAGGUGUACAAGUCUCGGCGCUUCCGUGCUGGUAAGGGCAAGAUGAGGAAUAGGCGAAGAAUUCAGCGUAGAGGACCACUUAUCAUCUAUGGAAAAGAUCAAGGUCUGACCAAAGCUUUCCGUAACAUCCCUGGAGUAGACUUGAUCAACGUAUCUCGUCUGAAUUUACUCAAGCUUGCUCCUGGAGGUCAUGUGGGUCGCUUUGUCAUCUGGACUCAGUCAGCCUUCCAGCAGCUGGAUGCUCUGUAUGGUGCCUGGCGCAAGAAGUCAACUCUCAAGAAGGGUUACAACUUGCCCAUGCCCAAGAUGGCCAACACUGAUCUCUCCAGGCUGCUUAAGGCUGAUGAGAUCAAGAAGGUUGUCAAGCCUCCAAACAAGAUUGUGGAGAGACGUGUACGCAAGUUGAACCCACUUGUCAACUCUCGAGCUAUGCUCAAGUUGAACCCAUUUGCUGCUGUUAUGAAGAGGAAAGCUAUUCUCACUGCACAGAAAACACAGUAUUUGAAGCAACUGGAAGCAGAGAAGGACAAGCUGUCACCCCAGCUCUCCUACAAGGCAAGGAUGUUGCGAGUUCGAGCAGCCCAAAUAAAGAAGGCAAUGGCUGCAAAGCCCAAGAAAGCCAAGAAGCCCAAAACUGACAAGCCUAAGGAAGCACCUGCUCCGAAGAAGGCUGCACCUGCGGCCAAGGCACCAGCUAAGGCAGCAGCAGCAGCAAAGAAGUGAGACUACUGUUACAUAAAGAAUUUAUUAAAAAAAACAUAAAAUGGA